AUGGAUAGUCAAGACACAACCAAGAGUAAUUCUGAAAUAUCAAAGGAACAAUACCAGGAGACUAAACUGCUUCGGGAUACUCUGGAUCUGCUUUGGAACAAGACGUUGGAGCAGCGGAAACUAUGUAACCAGUUGGAACAAGAAAAUGAGAACUUGAAGGAUUACAUAAAUAAUCUCAUGACCUCAAGCAAUGUCCUAGACAAGUGA